AGACGGGAUUUGUCCCCAACGUGAGCACCUGUUGGUGCAACUAUUGCGGAAAUACGGUUGUACCCCAGAUUUUACUUUUUUUUUGCCUUGGGAAUAGAGGAGGAAAGAGGUGUGUGAGGAAUGGGUUGUGGGUCCAGUAAUCCCGGGGUGGCGAACCCGCCGGACGCCGGGGACGACGAAAUUUUGGCGGUCGAGUCGGACGCCGAAACGUACAAUCCGAACUUGUAUGACGCGGAAGAGUUCGAUCCGGACUUGGCGCGACCUCUAGUGCGCAUCAUGAGCGCGUCCUCCGAGUUUGGCAUGCUCAGAGCUGGUGGGGCGAAGAAGGAAAUUGAAUACGGCCUCCGAGAUGUCUCCUACAACGAAGAAGAAGGCAACGUUCGGUUCUACCUCAGAGGACGUCCGAUCCAGGUCUACGUCCCAACUGCGGAAAUGGAAGGCUUCGAAGUUGCCCGACCCAUUCCUGCCCCGGAUAAAACCCUCAAGUUGGACUGGGACUGCAGGUCGAACCUGUACCUGCUGCCAACCGGGGAGCUGGUGUACUUCGUCGCCGCUGUCGCUGUGCUGUACAACGUGGAGGAAAUGACGCAACGUCACUACUUGGGCCACACUGACGACAUCAAAUGCCUCGCUUUGCAUCCAAGCAAACUCUUGGUGGCCACUGGUCAAACCGCUGGACAUGAUCGAAAAGACGCUCGGCCUCAUGUGAGAAUCUGGGACUCCGUCAGCCUCCAAACGCUUCAUGUCAUCGGUGUUGGAGAGUUCGAACGAUCUGUUGGCUGUCUCAGCUUUUCCGGGGCUGAUGGCGGUGGAUUACUGUGUGCUGUUGAUGAAGCCCCAGACCACAACAUCUCGAUCUGGGAUUGGCAACGAGGCGAACGAGGUCAUAAAUUGGUCGAGACGAAGUGCUCUGCGGAACGUGGGAACACGAUUGAGAAGAUCUACAGAGGAGCUCACGAAGGCGGUGUUUUCUCCAUUUGCUUCUUGCAAAACGGUGGGAACACGAUUGAGAAGAUCUACAGAGGAGCUCACGAAGGCGGUGUUUUCUCCAUUUGCUUCUUGCAAAACGGUACUUUCGUAUCUGGAGGAGGAAAAGAUGGAGUUUUGCGAGAAUGGGAUUCUAAUUCUCAUGAGCCAACUGGCCGGGAACUUGAGAUCCCAGAACCGUAUGGACCGGUACGUACGAUUACGAGUGGCAAAGCCGGAACCGUGGUUGUCGGCACGACGAGAAACUCCGUCGUUCGAGGAAGUUUCGACGGUGCUGUCGAGUCCUGCAUCGCGGGACACACCGACGAAGUUUGGGCCCUGGCGGCACAUCCUCACCAAGGACAGUUUUUGACUGGUGCCCAUGACAAGGUCUUGCGAAUGUGGGACUCCAUGUCCCACUCGGUCGUGUGGGCCAAGGAUAUGGAGGACGGAGUCCAAAGUGCGUGUUUCUCACCAGAUGGAAGCACUAUUGUGGCCGGUUUGACCUCAGGGCGUUGGGUCGCGAUGGACGCGGAAACGAGGGAACCCCGCGCUGGGGGCACCGACGGGAAUGAACCCAUCCAGGUGGUGAAAUUCUCUCCUGACGGUUCCUUGCUGGCUUUGGGUUCCCGGGAUAACUUCGUGUAUAUUUACGAGGUCACCGAAGAAUUCUCCAAAUACAGUCGGAUCGGACGUUGCUCUGGACAUUCGAGCUUCAUAAGCCACUUGGACUGGUCCGAGGAUGGAGUCAAUCUUCAAACUACUUCUGGAGAUUACGAGCUACUAUAUUGGAAUGCGUCGGUUUGCAGGCAAAUUCCGCAAUCCUCGCAACUGAGAGACGUAGCUUGGGCCACCCAGACUUGCGUCCUGGGUUCGUCAGUGCUUGGGAUUUGGCCCACUGGGGCCGACGGAACCGAUGUGAAUGCUUGUUCGCGAUCGAGAUCCAAAGAUUUGCUUGCUGUGGGCGACGACUUUGGCCGUGUUCGGCUUCUCUCGCAUCCGACUUCUUCGGUCAAGGCUUCAGCGAAUGUUGGACUCGGACACAGCAGUCACGUUUGCGGAGUCACUUUCUUGGUGGAAGAUUCUCGCUUGAUUUCCAUCGGUGGCAGGGACAUGAGCGUGAUGCAGUGGCUUUUGGAAUGAAGCUCUCAAAAGACUGUCAAAGGGAAAUCCCGCGUUAGCUGUCUGAUUCAGUGAACGAACACAGUUUUUUUUCCCCCAUGCCGCUGCUUUCCGAUUGAUUCAUUUCUCCGGAGUCCGCAUAUUUCCUCGCGAGAUCUUGUUUUCUUCCGGAAAAUAUAAGGAGCGGAACGAAUUCCCCUCAUUGUUUUUGGCUUUAUUAAUUACUGCAUUCGCGAUCGGAGGGGAAUGAGGAUACGUUUCCGCAUUUUAUUGACGUUUUCGGUCCUUGGUUUAUUUUUUUGUUUCUCGCUUGCAUGAGUGGAUGUUGACUUUUGGUUUGCGAAUGUGCCACAAGUUGUCUCUCUCUAUAUCUCUUACUGUUGUAGCGCUAGCAUCGAUCGAGAAACCCGUCCGAAGCAACGUGAGAAUCCAUUAGACUUGGUGUCAAAAAUUCGUUUUUAUUGCUGCGUUUGACGAGAGAUUGGCGGCGAUUUUUGAGAAUCUGAAGAAAGAAAGAUAUCGAAGCAAGUUUGCCUGCUUGAAAUCGUACGACCGCGGAUGUGCGUGUGAAAUCCUAUACGAGCAUCUUUCGGAAGGAAUUUUGAGUAGAAAUCGCAUUUUGCGGGGGAAAAAAUGUUCUUUACGCGGAACAAGGAAAAAUAUGAAGAAAAAACAUCUAGCGCACACAAUUUCAUUGGAGGACCUUUUGUUUUCCCAAUUUCGAAGUUCGCCGCUGAAUUCGCGGAUUUGAGGAAGUGAUGAAGAUGAGGCAAAUGGAUGCUUUUCGUUUUCUAACACUGA